AUGUGCAUUGUCUUUGUCGGCCAAAACUCUUAUAAAAUUGGUGUUGUUCAAAUGGCUAACAAAGGAUGGGAGGCAUGGUCAGCCGCGAUUCUUCCGCAAGCAAUCUCGUGGCAUGAACUUGCAAAGGGGGUCAGAGGGUCCGAAAAGGGUCAAAUAGCGGUACAACUAAUCAAACUGCUCGGCCUCAAUUUGAACAUGUUGAAACUGGAAUUCACUUCCUCGACCGGCUCCUCACCAGCCGUAGUCGAAGCUGUCAAGGCCCUCAAAAAUCUGAAAACAUUGCAUCUCGCUUGGCGGGGUAUUAGACGUGUCGCUAGACAUGGCGAAAGAAUAUACCAUUCGAAUUUCUUGACUGAUCUGUUGAAUGCGACUCCCCAACUUGAAUGCUUGUCACUUCAUGGCCAUGUUGAUCUCGACGGCCUCCAACUAAAGCCCGACACAUUAUCCAGAUUGAGAAAGCUCUCUUUCACUUCUUGUGCUGGUCCCGAUACCAUCGAUGCUCUUGCACUUAUUUGCCAGGCUGCACAACAUAACUUGAAAGUUAUCGAGCUUGAUGGUGGACACAAGCAGCUCACGGACGCCAUCGUCGAACCAAUCAAAGCUAACCUCGAAGCUUGUUUCACUUUUGUAUUCACUAACCAGAUUCCAACUUCUGUUCUCCGGACCGAAUUUCCAAAACUUCGUAGACGAAGUUAUCCGACCUCAUUUCACCUCCAUUCCACCAUGGUUGUGGCGACGCUAAUCCAUUCGGAUUACGUAUUCGUCACUCCUGGUUACCUUCCCGAACCACCUGCACCUGGAUCAAGAAAGGGCCAGCCAGUAGGGAUCUACUGCCCCAUCUGCAAUGCUGGAUUAAAGUACUGGACCCCCAAGUCUGACGCAUGGUUCAUCGGGUGCCCCAAUUCUCAACAGCAUAACACAAGAACGUGGCGUUGCGAUCAGUUCAACCACGAAAGAACGCUCAUCAAUCUUGGCUUUCCAAGACCGAUCAUCUCGACGUUCAAAGACUGGGGACCGAGAAUCUCACCUGCUGGCCAUAUUCUCGAUCCUCUGCCUCCUCAGGUUUCGCCGACACGCCAUUUCAUGCCAUUCUUGGGCGAUUUACUCAACCCAACACCCCUCAACCACCCCUUUCAAGGGCGCGAGUUACAAGGUCCCGUCUUCUCCAACCCAAUGGCCUGGUCCCCGCCGGGCCAUCUUCCCACUGCCAGUUCUUCUGCCAGUCAGCCGGCCUCAAUGACUAAUGAAACGCCAGGCUUGACACCUGGACCUCAUCUUAGUGCGCCACCCGUUCCGUGCAAGAGAACAACGGAGGGCCCUGUCCCAAAGGGACAUCGCAAGCACGCCAACAAGAAGUGUCGUUUCCUUUAUUGUCAGGCGUGUUGCAAUGCUCACGGCCAAGGUGUUUGCCGUGCUCAUCCUCGCAACGUCAAAGCCAAUACCCCAUUUUCUCCAUACGGCCGAUCAAUGCCAACAUCGACUCCCACCCCCAACAACACCCCACUUUCCGGCGAAAUCAACCCACGACGCAGUUGGGUCACUGAGCCUCGUUGUCACCAAUGGGCACAAAGCGCCAAUUCGCUAGGACGCCGACUUCACGUGGACAGCGUGAUAACUCUCCAUAAGAAUCGACUUGAAAAAUACCAACCGGAAAUCCAGAAGAAGUACAAUGAAACUAAGAUGGUCACAGUAUACCUAUGGGUAAACGUAAGCAUAAGCAACCAACCUUACCUCGUGGUCGGAACCCAAAGCAGCGCUGAUUGA